UUUGAAGCCGGCAGUGUUGUGAUUAGAUGCAAUCCACAGUACGAAUUUUAAUAUCGGCAUGCUUCCAUUAACCAGUAAAGACAGCUUCAAAAGUGAUGAAUUCAAACCCGGAGUGAAGCUUAAAUCGCGUUUGUUCGAAUGGAUAAAGGCCAUACUCUCAAGCGAGGGCUCGAGAAAUCUAUUCUUCUUCCUUCUUCUUAACUUAUCAUUUGCGUUUGUGGAGUUGACCUAUGGCAUAUGGACGAAUAGUCUUGGUCUGAUCUCAGAUUCAUUUCACAUGUUCUUCGAUUGCACUGCGCUCUUGGCAGGGCUCAUAGCAUCGGUGAUCGCGAAGUGGGGAAAAAACGAAAGAUUUUCCUAUGGGUAUGGACGAGCUGAGGUUCUGGCUGGUUUUGUGAAUGGAUUAUUUCUGGUGUUUAUUGCUUUCUUCAUUUUAUCUGAAGCUGUAGAGAGAGCUCUUCACCCUCCAGAGGUUAAACAUGAGCGGCUGUUUGUUGUGUCAGUUCUAGGAUUUUUUGUCAAUCUUGUUGGAAUUUUUGUCUUUCAUCAUGGAGGUGCAGCAGGACAUGGACAUUCACAUGGCGGUGGCCAUGGACAUUCACACGGUGGUGGCCAUGGACACGGGCACAGUCACGAUCAUGGACAUACCCGUGGUCAUUCACAUGGACACUCCCACAUGAACGGUGGACAUAACCAUUCACAUGAUUCAGGUUGUUCAGACAAGGAAGAAAAAGUGGAAGUUAUCCAAAGUAAAAUAAUGGAAGGAGUUUUCCUUCAUGUAUUAGCAGACACAUUAGGCAGUGUAGGUGUAAUAGUAUCAGCUGGACUUAUAUACCAGUUUGGAUGGAUGUUGGCUGAUCCCAUAUGUUCCAUGUUUAUUUCAGUUCUUAUUUUCUUCAGCGUAAUCCCACUAUUGAAAGAUUCUGUUGGAAUAUUAAUGCAGAGAAUUCCAGUCGGUUUGGAAAAGAAUGUCCAUAUUGCUUACCAAAGGGUGAAUCAAAUGGAUGAUGUGUUUAGCAUUCAAGAUCCUCAUUUCUGGGCACUUAGCAGUAACGUUUGGAUUGGAAGUCUACGUUUACUGGUUGCACCUACUGCUGACACGCAUAAAAUUCUCAGUCAAACUCAUCACAUCUUCAUGGAGCUUGGAGUGAAACAACUAUAUGUACAGAUUGAACACUCCUAUUGAGCCAAGACAGAUCAUCUUUUCAAACUUCUGUGGUUAUUUUUAAGAACAGAUUUUAAAGCUUGCACAAAGUGAAGAUAUAUCUAUGGUUCAUUGCGAACAUCUUUUGUUCUGUUCACAAGUCAUCACAUGGCCAAAAAGAAAAAAAAAUUAGUAAACAGUGAGCGGUUCUUUGUUUAGAUCAAAACAAAACAGUGGUGUAAAAAAUCCUCUGGUUACCAACAGACUGUUUUUAAGUCGAUUGUCGACCUAGCCAGUCACAGUAAAUUUAGAAAAGGCAAUCAACCAAUCAGAACUCAUGUAAUCUACACCAUGUGUGGAAAACCCGCAUGUACAAUUCGUGAUUGAGUUUUGGUUAUACAUAUGGUUGGUUGACUUGAUGUUGGGAGUGGUUUUUGACCAAUCAGGUUGUAGAUGAGCAUCUGACAAUGAAGGAAAAUCUGCUCCAAGACCACAAAAAACACUCUAAGCACUAGCUUGAUGUGAAAUGACUCUCAGGAGGUAAAUUCGAAAAUGUUUUCGUCAAGGGAAACUUACUGUCAACUUAAAUUUUCACUCUUUUCUUCUUUUCGGAUCAGCGUGAAUGUCUUGACAGAGCUUGACUGGGCAAAUUACUAUUACAAUUAUUAAUAAUAUUUGAUAUAUUUUAUUUUGUCGAGAAGCCAUAAUAUAAAAAAAAAGAAGAUUAAAUGUUUUAUUGCCUGAAUGGAGAACGAGAGACCUGGGGGGCUAGAUGGGCUUGGAUGUCUUGAAGGAAAUCGUAAACGUAAAUUACUUUGUAAAUAGAAAUAUCUCUCUCCUGUUUCUUUGGCAUUUUCUUUAGUACGAACUCGUGCGAAUUUUAAUGACCUUCAUGCUAGGAGAAAAUAAAAUAAAUCGGUCGCAUUCUGGUGACAAUAAAGCAAACCUUUGAAACGUUU